UGGCUUCACCUUGCAGACGUCCUCAGAGCCUCUUGCUAACAAGUCUAGCUCGUGAACACCAUGCAUCGAUCAAGUAUUUUCGUAUUGCUUUUUGCUGCUUGCUUCUUUCUCCUGGCCGAGGCUUCGAAGAGAUCAAAACGUGCCGUAGAAGUGUGUCCAUUGGGCUACACUUUGCGUAACGACAUAUGCUACAAGUUGUUUACAAUCAGUCAGACAUUCAAUAAUGCACGCAGCACCUGUCAGGCGGAUGGUGGUGAUCUCGUCUCAAUCACUGACCAGGAGACUCAUGAUUGGGUCGUCACCAAUUUCCAGGGUGCUAAUGACUUUAUCUUCAUUGGCUUCACUGACGCUGUGACCGAGGGAACGUGGGUUUGGGCUGAUGGUACUGAAGAUAAUGGCUUUAAUAAGUGGGGCAGGUUUGCUGGCCGCCAGCUACCAGACUUCGACGACAAAUUCAACUGUGCCGGGAUCAGCUCUCAGACAGAAACAAACGGUGACUGGUUGGAUGGCAAAUGUUCGUCUGAGGUACCUUUCGUAUGCUCAUCACCCAGAAUCCAAUGGAGUUGCAAAUGGGACCUCAGGCUGUACGGCGACAAGUGCUACAAACUGGUUAAAGGUAGAAAGACCUGGGAGCAAGCCAAGCAGAACUGCGAGGCCAUGGGCGCUAAACUCGGCAAGACAGGAACUCUGGCCAGUAUCCCCGACCAGGGAACACAAGACUUUGUAACAGGUUUGAUGGCUGGUAGGAGGUGGGCCCCAUGGGUUGGAGCGAGCGAUGCUGCCGUGGAGGGUACGUGGACAUGGACGGACGGCACAACUUUCAGCUACAACAUGUGGACAGUGAUGGGAGGGGUACAACAACCAGCAGGCGGCGUCGUCAAGAACUGUGCGGCCAUUGAGGGAGUCAAGCGUGGCUUGUUUGGCGGAUGGAAUGAUUUCAAAUGUACCAUGCGUACCUGGUCUGUGUGCCAAGUAGGUGCAAAUGAAGUCGUCGCUCGUUAGGUGAACUUUCAAAUACCGGGUUAGACAAGAUCCAGGAAAUAUUUCAAACAACUGAUAGAGAAUCCUUUUCUGUAGAGAUCGAGAUGACGUUUCUUACACAUUACAGUUGGUUGUCGCCUCGGCUACCAUGCAGCGCAGACGAGGUAAACCUCACUCUGGUUAGUUAUAAAUGACCGAGGAGUCAUUGGUCAAUCAUAUACCCGGUGUUAAAUAUUUAUAGUCGUUAUUUAUUAGCCUGUUGUUACUUCCAUCACAUUGAUAUCGUGUGGUCCCGACUGUUUAGAUGAUAGUUUGAUGAAGGUUACAACGAGAAGACUGUGUCAAGCGGUAUAACUACAUGUAUAUGCGUCUGAAAUAAACACGUAACAUCUUGAAA